AUCGCGGUGGGGGAAAACACGGGAGGGGGGAAAUGAACCAGACGCCAGAAUUCCUAAAGUCUCUAAAAGUUGGGCUGCUGGUCCAACUCUCUUUGUAUAGCUUUGAGUUUCUACUGCCACCUAUUACACCUCCGUGACCACUCUGGAAAGUAACAAAAACAAAUAAAAAUCCGAGCCUAAACUGCCAAGAGCAUAGGUUUGGACUUACUUUGGAAUCAGAAAGCCAUGGCAUCAAAGAAAUUUGCUGUUAAAUGUGGGAAUUUUGCUGUCCUGGUGGAUCUUCAUAUAUUGUUGCAAGAUCCAAGCAAAGAGACCAGCUGGUUUUCUGAACAGAAGAAAGAGGAGGUUUGUUUACUCUUAAAAGAAACCAUUGAUCCAGAAGUUUGUAAACAACACAAGACAUCAAAUGCAGAAUUUACAAGAUCCAGUCCCUUAUCCUUAAAAGGUUAUGGUUUCCAUAUAACAGCUUAUUUCCUCAAGAGAGGGUUCCAUCUUUACUGUGUCGGGGCCCCCAGAGUUCUGGUGUUCCCUGACAGAUUUGUGGUUUGUGUAAGCCAGCUUGCAUUUAGCCAUGAUCUUUUGGCAAGUCAGAAGAAAGAAUUGAUGGAAAGCACUCACCAAGGAAUGUCAGAUUAUUUCACUGACUGUGCUGAGAUUCUACUUCCUCUCAGGGCAAGGCACAAGAGAAGUGCUCUGAAAAAAAAAAAUGUAGAUCCAGGAUCCCUGACAUACCCACUCUCCCAAGGAAAAAAUGUGAUGAGAACCGAAACAAAAAGCCAUGCUGUGAACAAAUCAUGGAGCAGCAGGAACAUUGUGGGAACGUCCAGUCACUCAGAGAUUGUGGACAUAGCAAGGAGGAGGGGUGAUGGCCACGCAUUAUCGAGUGCUUCGUUGGAGUCCAAAAGGCCCACGAAGGAUUUCAUAAAGGCAGCUGGGAACCAUUGGGGAUUUUCUUUUCAAGAGCUGAAAACUGGUCAUCACAUCCAACCAGAAGACUGCAAUGGCCAGCAAAAACCUCAUCCUGGGGAGCGGUUAGAUGGAACUGUAAGUAGGAGCCCUGUCUAGAGCUGUGAGUCAGCAUCAGCUAGACCAAAACAGACCAAAACUCCUCAAGGGGCCAAAACACAAGAGCAGUGCAGGCGGUGUGGGUUUGCACAGGGCUGCGACCACCACAAAGUUUCUCUUGGAAGUGAUUGAUGAACCCCCAGAGACACAAUAGUGGAAAAGGGCAAAGUUGUCAGGGCUUUGCUGGCUUUAGAAUUGUCAGAUCCGGGGUUACUUUUGAAAGAAGAUUUAGCAAAAACCUUGUCUAAGCAGUCUCAUGUUUUGGAAAAUCUCUCCUCCAGACAGCAUAUUUUAAAUAAGCCAGGGCAGGCACAGCAGGCUGGCUCAAGCACAAAUACUGAAUUCUGGACACUUCAGGGAACCUAUGAGAAAGAACAUGAAAGAAAGAACCACUAG